GGUAAUGAGGCGUCCAGGAAAAAAAAUGGAGCAGGAGAAAUCUUUUAAAUUUAAGUUGUUUGUACCACCAAAGCCAAGUAAUACCCAGAUAUCUGCAGUCAAACCACAAACAAACAAACGGGAUGAAGGAUUCUUUCAGAAUUUUAACAACAGAACUGAAGAUGAUUAUAAUUUACCUUUUGGAAAGAGAACUACCUCAAAGCAUAUAGAUUUUACAGACCCUGAUUCACAGAGAGUGAAACUUGUACCUGAGAUAGAUCAGGAGAAUGUGGAGACAAUGAAUGAACUUUAUUCAAGACUUUACAAAGAAGCUGAAAAGAUCAAGAGAUGGAAGGUUACUGUAGAAUAUGAAAUAAAGGAAAAAGAAAGAAUUUUACAGGAAAACAGAAAAAUUACAGAAGCAUUGCGUAAAGCCAUCCAAGAGUUACAGUUUGAAAAUGAAAAGCUAAGCCUAAAACUAGAAGAUGAAAUGCAUGAAAAUAAAGAUCUUCUAAAAGAAAACAAUGCUACAAGACAUUUGUGCAACUUGCUCAAAGAAAAGUUUAUGCAAUCAAUAGAGAAGGUCAACAAAUAUGAACAUGAACGUGAAGAAACCAGACAGAUGUAUGCGGAUCUUAACAAUAAUAUUGAGAGACUGAUACAAGACUUUGAAGAACUUCGUGUACAAGCAGAGAACACCAGGCUGGAAAUGUAUUUUAAAUUAAAAGAAGCAGCAGAAAAAAUAGCACAACUCGAAAAAGAACAAGGAAGAGAGAUCAAUGCCUUGGAAAAACAGAUAUCAACAUUAACUACACAAAUUGGUGAAAGAGACAAUAAAAUGAAACACAUGAAUAAUCAGUUACAAGCAUCAAGAGAGCUAAGUGUUGAAUUAGAAGAGAUAAGAAAACAACAAGACAAUAUACUAAAAAGGGCACAGAGCAAAGAACAGGACUUGUUGACAGAACUGGAGGAAGUGAAAUGUUCAUUGCUAAAGACAGAGGAUACUUGUAAAAAGUUAGAAACUGAGUUACAGACUGCCAUGAAAACAUUAGUUCAAGUCACUGAACAAAAGGAAGCAACAGUAGAAGAACUUAAAGAAACUAAAAUUCUGCAUGCAUCAGUUACUGGUGAACUCCAAAGUGAAGUUUCUUAUUUGAAGGAACUAUUGGAGAGGAAAGAAAAGAGACUGGAGGAACUUAGGAAUGAAUCUGAUGCGUUGGUUUUGGAACUCCAGAAGAAGUCAGCUGAAUUAGACAUAAUGGCUAAAGUGAAAAAUGCUAAAGAAAAACAAGUUGAAGAAAUGGCAAAAGCCUUGGGAAGUUCUAUUAAUGUUGAAAAAGAUUUGAAGCAUCAAUUAGAGUGUGCACAAUCAGAAUGUAUGCUUUUACUAAAGGAAAAAGAAGCUAGAAAGUCUGAUGACACUAUUAUACAGGUGCAAGUCAAAGAGCUUUUAGAUGGAAAGCACAUUCUUGAGAAGACCAUUGAGAAAUUACAAGAAAGUGAAAAACAGCUAAAGGACACCCUUCAGAUUAAAGACAAAGAAAUACAUCAUUUGGAAAUACAAUUGUCUGGAGCAUUUGAAAAUAAAGAAGAUUGUAUACAGCAGCUUACAGCAAUGAAAACAGAGCUUGAGAAAGAAAUAUCAAAGAAUGAGCAACUACAUCUGGAUUGGAACAAAGUGUUACUAGACAAAGAACAAAUUAUUCAAGAAAAGAACAAUAUAGUUAAUGAAUUUAGAAAGCUUCAAGAAGAUAUUAAGGACAAGAGUGAAAUGGGAGAGGAAGCUGAAAAGCAGAUAGAAAACCUAAAAGAAACAAAUACAGACUUAAGAAAUGAAUUGGAAUACCUGAAGGAGAAGAUGAAAAGUAAAGAUGAAGAGACAACAUACAAACUUGAAGAAAGUAAAGAAAAUGUUAGAAACAUUGAAAAUGAAAUCUCAAAAAAGGAAAAGCAGCUGAAAACAUUAGAAAACAAGAUCAAUAGUUUAAAGAAACAGAUUGAAACAAAAUCCAAGAUUGUUGAAGACCUGCAGCAAGAAAAUAAAGUGUUGCGAAAGAAAAUUGCAGCAGAAAGCAAGCAAACCAGUAUUACUGAAGGAAAGGUAAACAAUUUACAAUUAGAGUUGGAAAAUAUAAACAAAUUACAUAAUGAAACAGUUGAUAACUACAAAAAGGAAACUGAGAUGGCUAGGGCAGCUGAAGAAAAUCUUCUGAAAGAGCUAGAAGCAAUGAAAUUGGUAGCUGAUGAAGCAGUGAAAAUGCAGAAGGAAAUAGACAUCCGAUGUCAGCACAAAAUCACUGAAAUGGUAGCACUUAUGGAAAAGCAUAAGCGCCAAUAUGAUAAAACAGUUGAAGAAAAAGACACAGAAUUAGAAUGCUUUAGGACAAAACAACAAGUAUUAUCUUCAACAAUUGGAUCAUUGGAAAAGGAUCUUUCAUCUAAGAAAAAUGAAUGUUUUUCACUUCAAGAGCAGCUUAGAACAGUAAGAGAAGAGAAGAAAACACAAACCUCCUUUCUGGAAACACCUAAAGACAGUAGUUUAGUUUCCCUAUCAGUUACUUCCAAAAAGAACACACCCCAAAAUUUCACACCUGUUAAUAUGAACAAGUUGGAACAAAUAAAGAAGUCUUCAUGGACUCCUGCCAAGACUUACACUGUGAAAACACCUCCAAAAUCUAAAUUUCUGAGAGAAAGCACUAGUCUACUUACAGAAGAAAGAAGAAAGAAAAAGAGAAAAGUUAUCUUAGAAAUGGAUUCCCGCUCAGAUAGCUCUGAAAAUAAUGACCUCCUGGUACUAAUUUGA